AUGUCUGAAGGCGAGCUCGUCUACCACCAUGCGUGUGGGCACUACCACCGCCGGGACUUGUCGAACCGCGAUCGACACCGCCCAAGACGAGAGAACUGGAGCGCCAUGAGGUUUUGGGACGAAGUGCUCUGCAGCAUUGGCGACUUUUACUACAAAGUACGAAGGGGAUAA